CGGUUAAAGCAGUCGUCGUUCAGCUGUAGCCAGUCGAUGUGCAGCUUUGCAAUCUGAGGGCUUCGUUGCUGUGUUAUUUCUUUCUUCAAAACUUCCACACUCUCCUCGUGACAAAGUCAAAUCAUCACAAUAAUAACACACGAGAACAAGUCGCUUGUCAACAGGCUCUUCAUCGGCCCGUUACUACAUUCGCAGCGAAAGAUUUAUUGAGAAAUUCACUGAGAAGGAACCACAAAACAGCCGAAUUGAACCCAAACUAGACGAACCCGUCAGGACAAACUGGAGGACCGGCUUCUCCAAUUCUCCAUGCUUUACAAUCGACGAGAACAUUGGGCCGAAGGUGCAGGACUGUCUGCCGACAAAUUUGGACCGUCCGAUCUGCAUUUUGGAACGCAUGGUGGUCUGCCGACCAUCGAUCUAACCGGCGGUCACCUGUUUGGAGACUUCCAAGACACCUGGUCGCCGGCGUUCGUCGAUUCGUGGACGCCAACUUCAUCCGAAUUCUCCGUUUCACCCACAUUUUCAAAUCACUGGGAUCUCACCUUAACAGUUCACGAGUUGGCAUCCCAAACACCAGAGGGGCUACGAGACGUGACGUCCGAGCCUUCACCUGUUCAAGAAAUGAUGCUCAUUCAGACCCAGAGCCGAGUGGAUCUUUGCGGAUUAGUCGGACGGAAUUUGGAGCUGCAGCAGCAGCAGCAGCCAAUUCAUCAGGGCGGUAUUAUGACUGCGGCGGCGUUUCCUCCAUCCGAUUGGACCGUGGAGCCCGUCAGAAUGGGACACCCGCCCAGCAGCAUCCAGUCAUCUUACGCGCCGACAGUCAUGUCUUCGCCCUCGCUGGCCUCAGUCCACCAGAGCAGCUUCGACGACUCGGAGAGCGCCAGUCUGCAGGAAUGCUUCGAUGCGGCCAGCGAUUUAUUCAUUAUGAACCACACGGAAGGCACGAGUAAUAAUACCAAUCAUUCGGAAAGCGGCCUGCCCAUGGAUGUCGAAGACGCUAGCGAGUUGCUGACGGACGCCGCCGAAGCCCUGGCUGCUGCGGCCAUUUCCAUGCCUCAUUUCCACGACACUUACACGUCAGCCAGCUUCUCGCAACCGUCGUCGUUCCAGCAGAAAGAAACUGUCGGCAGCAAUGUUGCUGGACAUAACCAGCAGCAGCACAGUGUCGGGUUGGGGAUGACAGCCUUCCAGGCGGCUGUACAUUCGGUCCAGGCCCUGCGCCACAGACAACCAGGGCCAUCUAGUAGCAGCAGUCCGCUCAUGGCGGAAGAUUCCGGCCGAAAGCGACAAGGAUUCGGCUCGGCGGCUCACGGCUCACGUCACGGGGAACCUUCGUUCCGUAGCGGAGGAUACUCGCCGUAUCCGACAGUUUUGUCUGCUGGAUCUCGGCUUCCGGUAGUCCACAACAACAACAACCUGCAGGCGAACACUCCAGUAGCUUCGACUUCCUUCGCCGUUCCAUCCACGAGCUUCGAGCGAUCCGUUCCGGCGGUAGACAAGUGCAGCAGCAGUCAAGGCGUUUCGGCUGGGCGAUCUGAUUCAUCGGCGUCUCGAUCUAAAUCUCCGUCGCAGUUGUGCGCCGUUUGCGGCGACAAUGCCGCCUGUCAACACUACGGCGUCCGCACUUGCGAAGGCUGCAAAGGAUUCUUCAAGCGAACAGUACAAAAAGGCUCCAAGUACGUCUGCCUGGCCGAUCGGAGUUGUCCGGUCGACAAGAGACGUCGCAAUCGCUGCCAGUUCUGUCGCUUCCAGAAAUGCCUCUCUGUCGGCAUGGUCAAAGAGGUCGUGAGAACAGAUUCUUUGAAAGGACGACGAGGAAGAUUGCCAUCGAAACCGAAAUGUUCGCAAGAGGCAUCCAAUUCGCCACCCGUUUCUCUGAUUACGUCACUUGUUCGAGCUCAUCUGGAUACGUCGCCUGAAAUAGCCAACUAUGACUACUCGAUGUACGUGGAACAGAACGGAAAUGAAAGCAACCACCACGCGUCUGCUCAUUCGACGGAAGUUCAAGCUGAUCAUGUUCACCAGUUUUUCGCCCUGCUGACAUCUUGCAUCGACGUCAUCAAGGUGUGGGCGGAAAAGAUUCCUGGAUUCUCGGAGCUCUGCAAAGAAGAUCAGGAUCUCCUGAUUCAAUCAGCCUGUCUGGAAAUCUUUGUCAUCCGGUUCGCUUACAGGAUCCGACCCGAGGACGAGAAAUUUAUUUUUGACAACGGGGUGGUGUUGCAUUCGUCGCAGUGUAAGCCAAGCUUCGGACCGUGGCAUGGAGCCAUCAUCGAGUUUGCUCAUUCACUCCAUUCAAUGGAUAUCGAUCUGUCCGCAUUCGCUUGCUUGGUCGCCCUCACUCUGAUCACCGAGAGACACGGUUUGCGUGAUCCGCAAAAGGUGGAACUGCUCCAAAUGAAAAUUAUUUCUUCGCUGAGAGAUCACGUGACUUACAACCCGGAAGCCCAGCGGAAGCCCCACUAUUUCUCUCGCUUGUUGAGCAAGCUGCCAGAACUGCGAUCGCUGAGCAUUCAAGGUCUGCAGAGGAUUUUUUAUUUGAAGGUGGAAGAUUUGGCCCCCGCCCCGCCGCUUCUGGAAGCCAUUUUCAGCUCUAGUUUACCAUUUUGAUUCCGCCGUCGGCCGAAUAUCGACACGUGUGGAGCAAACACAACCACGACUGUGUUGCAUUACUAUAAUCACAUGGACAUUAUUUUUUAUUUUUUAGUUAGCUAGUCAUCUAAUUCAAUUGGUCACCUGCUGCUUUUAGAUAUUAAUAUUAGGUAGAGGCUUUCCUUUGCAUCACUACACAUUUCCUGGUGAAAUGUGGGAUUUCUCACAGUUAUUAGACAUGGCAUCAAACCAUGACCUAACUUAAGUUUUUUUUUUUUCUUUUUUAUUGGAAAAUGUUAUUUAUACCCAUCAUUUUCAAGCCUUGACUGAAGGAACUUGUGUUCAUAAAUCGUUAAAUUAUUAUCUUUCAUAUCAAUCACUACCCGUAAAAGGACCUGUUGGAACACCUAUAUUGCAACCAAGUUGUGUUGUUGGUUCUACUUUGCAUUCACAGGAGAAGAAAAAGCCAAUUUUUCCACAUAUUUUCAAAAAUUUAUAAAGACAAUCAUUCACUCACCUUUUCCUACUGAACUGUUAUUUCUUAUCAUCUUUGUUCAUCAGCUUUCAUAUUUUUAAAAAUUUAUCUCUUUUUACAACAGACAUUUAUUCUUGUAAAUUUAGGAUUUCAUGAUCCAAGUAGACAAGCUCAGCUCGUGACAAUUUAUAACAUUAUUCUAACGUAUUUCAUGCGUUUAGAGUUAUGAUACCUGAACCACAUUUUUAUCACAUCCUUUGCCAAAUGAAUGUCUAGAUCAAAGUAUGAGUCUGAUGGCAAUAUCAUUCAAUUGCGCUCAACUCACGCUACCAACCAGGUCAAGACAUAUGAGUGACUGAUCUCUUCAUAUUCUAUACUACAUGUUACCUUCAAGCAUUUAAUUAUAUAUCAAUGUUACAUAGAUUAGAAUAUUAAAUAGUACUAUAUAAACCCCGACAUGUUACUUAAAACCUCCCUUUUUAAAUGUUCUAUUUCUAUCCAAAAAUUGGAGCAACUUAUAUUGAUACUCUCCUUCCCGCGCGAGUGGAAUUUAUACUUUUUAUACGAUUUAUACUCAAUGUCUUGAGAGGUGAUAUAACAUGUAUAACAUAACGAACACCAUCACAGUUUAACUGGUAGAUGAGUGAUCCAAGUCAGAUCCUUUAUUGGCUUUUUUCUUUGUUAACAUUUCAAUAUUAAUGCAAUAUUGCCAAUACAUAACUGACCCCACACAA